AUGGCAGUUCUGGAAAAGGGUGGAUCGAGAGGUGCAACAGGUCUGGUCAGAAAUGUUGGCAUGGGCCCAAAUGAGACGUGCAAAAAGGGAUUCCUAGGAGUGAGACUAAACGCCCCACGGCGUUCUGUUGAAUACGCGGUAGCUCAGGAUGGGUUUGUUUCGAGUAUGAGGAGGACUUUAAAAUUGCACUUGGAAGUGAAGCAACUUCACCCAAAGCUGGAAUACUCAGCCGUCAACAAGCUGACGAGCGUCAAGCUCGUGGUUAUAGAUUGCACGUUGACCCAGCCUAGGUUUGCCAGGCUGUACUCCAUCCACAUCAGGUUGGACCUGCCCAAAGCUAAUGUCGAGAGGAUGCAGAAAAUAAUGUUGAUAGGACUAUCGUUCCGUCUAAACAUCCAUGAACUCAACCAUUGGGUGCGUUCGAAACUCGGGUCAGACUGCCUGCAGAUUGUUGCCUCACGCAUCGCCCGGAUAGACAUGUGCUGCACGCUCGUCUUUGGCUCGAUGUUCGGCAAUGAGACCGUAAGAAUUCUCGUUGAGCGGUCUGGUAACAAUGCCAGUGCAACGAAGUGCCAACAAGAGACGGCACCGCUGGUCGUUGGAAGUCGUUCUAUCAGGUUACACUGUAGGAUAACUUGGCCAUUCAUCGAUAUCCCAAAGAAACUGCUCUACACGAUGAUAGUACCUAACACUUCCAUGCAUCCCGGAACCUAUCAGCUUUACCCUCUGAGACCUCAGGCUAUGGCUCAGCCGGAGGGGAACCAGUGGCUAAGACCUUUUAGCAACGCUAUGGAGCAGCAACACGGGCUGAUACCUCCCUCGAGCGUGUGUGUCGAUCCCGCUGUCUUACAAUCGACAACUGCCGCUCAUAGCGUGAAUCUGCAUUCAAAAGCACAAACGUUUCAGGGGGUCAUGAAAGGACAGGGACAACACGAUCAGGGACAUCAACAACCAAGACCGUUCGUGCCCGCUCCUAGUCGCUUGUCGGCCGCGCCGGAGUCUCCUUCAGCCUCGGUCGGACGCGUCAAGCAUCGGGCCCGGAAGACACGGGGUUCAUCUGCAGUACUCGGCCACCGAAGAUCGAGACCAAACCAUGGGCAUUUACAGACGAUGUCCACAUGGCGCUUCCAGGGUCAUUGGAGAACCCAGCCGCAGGGAGGCUCGUCAGGCUACUUACCCAAGCAGGGUAUUAGUCGAGCUAUUGUCCCGCACCGCUGCGAAGACGGUGAAACGAGCGGCCACCUACAAAGGCUUCGGCGUCCACUAGAACAACGAAUGCCUCUGGUCCUUCGACCUCAAUUACCCUCUAUUAGACUGCUUUUCCCUGAAAUAUUGGCAAACCAGACAGAGGCAUCGACGGCACAUCGAAGCUUGCAUGGUACCCGCGGAAACGAUUUUGGUGUUGUGCAACCGCGAGAGUAA